UCCAGAACAUCCCUGGAGAUAGAUGCUUUAAUGUCACUGGGGGUCUCCCAUGUUCAGCCAGGGUCUCUGUUUGCUAAAGACAAAGGAAAUACAAGGCAAUUUGCAAGAACUCAGCAAUCUAGAGGGAUCAGAAUAUUCAUUACAAACAACUAUGGAUGAGCUAGAGGAAAAUCAGAAAGAUAUUCAUCUUACAUUACAGAAAGCCCAGAAUAACGAUAACAGGAAGCAGAAGCAAGAAAAGAUGGGAGACAUCAUAGACAUGCCAACAUUAUCUUUCAUCUCAGACAAUACAAGUGAGAGCAUGGAUGCUAAGUGCCAUACGGCACAUUUGGAAGUGAAGGGAAGAACCAGUGCUUUGCAGUCAGAAGCAUCCACCAAUGCAGAGGAGCUGGAAGAGCUCUGCUGCAAGCAGGUCACAGCUGCUGAUAUUGAACUUGAGAAGAUGAGGUGGGAUUUUGUUCUGGCUAAACUGAAGUAUGAACAUGAGGACAAUGAAAAGCAAAGGCUUCAUGAGGAGAGAAUGGAGCAGAUUCAUCAACAGGCAGUGAAAAGAUCGUUUAGCCAAGGACUGCAAGAUCUACUCCAGCCCCCAAACCAGUAUGCCUUGUUCCUGUACUGCUUCAUCUUUAUUCAUGUUAUUUAUACAGUAAAGGAUCUGGCCUUCUACUUUUUCCACAACCAUUACCUGUUCUGUUUUGCUAUUGUGUUCUUUUUCAUUCUCAAAAAGAUUUUCCAGGACUACAAAAAUAAGAAAAAAUGCUUUUAAAAAAGGCAGUGUUCACUUUUCUGCCCCUAAUUUUGCUGCUUUUUAUCAUCCUUUACUCACCAUGCCAAUCAUACGUGCAGGAUUUCAGCUAAGAUUAUAUGCACAGAAUGUAAUAAUACAAAACUGAUUUUCUGAAGAAAAUUGGGAUUGUAUGACAUCAUUGGACUUCAUGCUGUCUCACCAACAUGUUUAACAUCAUUCAGGGGCAUUCAUCUAUACAAAUAAACUGAUACGCAAUAA